GCAGUUCGUAAGAUAAAACACUCCACUUCUCAGCAGCGAAAGUCAAUAUCUAUAUAUUUUUUUCGAGAGGUAAAGAAAUAAAGUUUAGCGAAAGUCAAUAUAUUGCACUUCUACAGAAUCUACCAUUAACGAACUUCUCUCUCUCAUGACCUUUUAGUUCUUCCGGCGACUCAAUGUCCGGUGAAUGGCUGCCGGCGGCGGAACUCACCGGCAGUGGCCGGCCGGUGCUCAUCCCCGGCGAGGUCGAGUGCUCUCUCCUCUCCUCCGUCGACCUCGAGUGCGAAGAAAACCCUAGAUUCCCUCUAUUCAAAUCGGGCAUCCUGAUCCUCACCACCCACCGGCUUCUCUGGAUGCCCGACACAGCCGCCGCCAGCUCCGCCACUCCCGCCGCCGUCCCUCUCGCCACUGUUACCCACAUAUUCCCUACCAAGAGCAAGAAGUCCCUCAAGACGGUGUUCUCCAGCCCUAGGGUUCGGUUCCAAGUUGUGGCGACCCCCGAAGGAAGAGUCGACGAGAGGGGAUCGAAGUCGAUUGUGAUCACCCUCGUUCUGAGGGGGAAAUCGGAUCCGGAUUCGUUUUUGGGGAAAUUUUGGGAGGCGUGGAGGGGGAGAGCGUGGGAGGGUUCUGGGUCGGAGGGCCCGAGUGGAUCCGAAACGGGAAGAGGUGGGUUGUCUGACGGUGGAUCAUCCAGUGUUGCAAUCAGAAUGCCGGUGGUUGGGGUUUCGGGGAUACUGAGGAAGGAACAGGAAAUGUGGGAGAGUACUGAUAAAAGCUUGCAGGAUGCUUUUCAGGACUUGAAUGCUCUUAUGAGCAAGGCUAAAGAGAUGGUGAUGCUAGCCGAGAAAAUGAGGCAAAAACUUCUAUCAGGCUCAAAUAAUCAAUCCAAUGCAAGUAAUGAUGAGGAGAUGGGUUCCAAAGAAGAGAUGCAAGAUUGGUUAUUGAGCAUUGGUAUUGCAUCCCCAGUUACGAAGGAGUCUGCUGGUGCUUUGUAUCACCAACAGUUGUCCCGUCAGUUGGCAGAUUUUGUCAAAAUCCCACUACAGAGAGCUGGAGGGAUGCUCAACCUUAUAGAUAUUUAUUGUCUCUUCAAUCGCGCCCGUGGCACAGAAUUGGUCUCACCUGAUGAUUUGCUGCGAGCAUGUUCUCUUUGGGAGAAGUUUGAUGUUCCUGUAAUGCUUCGAAAGUUUGAUAGUGGUGUCAUGGUCAUCCAGAAUAAGUCCCACAGUGACGAGGAGGUUUUUGCUAAAAUCAAAGUCCUUGCACUAAAGCCUGAAACCCUUCGAACUGGGAUCAGUGCCAGUGAUGCUGCAAUGACGCUAGGGAUUGCUCCAACUAUGGCAAAGGAGCAUCUUCUUACCGCUGAGAGCAAAGGUUUACUGUGCAGAGAUGUGAGCCCUGAUGGAUUUCGUUUUUACAUCAAUCUGUUUCAAGAAAUUGAUUCAGCAAGCAUAUACCUAGUGAAAGAUCAUGGGAUCUAUGCAGCAUGGAUCAGUUCUUCAUCUGUUUCUAGGUAAAUUGGAGAAAGCAAUGUAAGACAUUGUCCCGAACGAUAAACUGGACGAGAAGGAAUUAUGCACAGGUAUAUGCUGCAUCAGAAAUCACUCGCAAUUACCGGAAUAUGUGGCAGGGAUAGCAGAGGGACCUUUCUCAUGUGUUUGUUCAUUGUAACAUAGAAAUGAGUUGAGAUCAUUUAUAGAAUUGAUAAAUGGGAACCCCAAGUCUCCAUUACUAAAGUUGAUUUGGGGAAAAAGAAAUCAGUUUUUCUUUUUCCCUUCCAUUUUUGUGUAAUUUAUCAAAUGAAGGAACAACGCAGGCCCUUCUUAAUGAUGGUUCAUUUUUUUCUCAUUGUAUACGAGGUUGUAAAAAAACAGUGAAUUGUUCAAGUUCUGGUAAUAAAAUUAAGGGUAAAUUACACAAACACCCUUUGAGGUUAA